GUUUAAAGAGGGAGGGAUAUUGGCGUUUUAGACUGAAAAAAGGUGAAAUGAGAAGUACACAAAGUUCAACUUGAUGCAUCCCGUCACUGGUUAGACCUGAAAGUUCAACGCCUCCCUGGUUCAUCAAAAUGGGAACCCCUGUUAAAGAUAUAAAGAUACCAGAUGAUGCCCCAACAGAAUUCUUGGCUGAGAAGCACUCUGCUUUUAUUCACAGCUAUGAAUCAGAGAAGAAUCAAUAUGAGUAUGUCAUGACAGAGUAUUUGCGCAUGGGUGGUGUUUACUGGUGUCUCACCUCAAUGGCUUUGCUUCAGAAGCUAGACGAAAUGGCAAAGGAUGAAAUCCUUGAUUUUGUAAAAUCUUGUCAACAUUCAUGUGGUGGAUUUGGAGCAAGUAUCAAUCAUGACCCCCAUCUUCUUUAUACGCUGAGUGCUGUGCAGAUAUUGGCUUUGUAUGAAGAAAUAGAAACAAUUGAUAUUUCUAAAACUGUUGCUUUUAUUGGAGAAUUGCAGCAAGAAGACGGCUCUUUUGUCGGAGACAAGUGGGGUGAAAAGGAUUCUCGGUUUUCAUUUUGUGCCUUAGCUUGCCUGGCCUUGCUUGGAAGGCUUGAUGCUAUAAAUUUGGAGAAAGCUGUUGAUUUUGUUGUUUCGUGUAUGAAUUUCGAUGGUGGCUUUGGUUGUGUUCCUGGUUCUGAAUCACAUGCCGGUCAGGUUUACUGUUGUGUUGGUGCACUAGCUAUAGCCAAUUGUUUACAUCACGUUAAUGCAGACCUUCUCGGUUGGUGGCUUUGUGAACGUCAGCUGCCUUCAGGGGGCCUGAAUGGAAGGCCUGAGAAACUUCCAGAUGUUUGUUACUCUUGGUGGGUGUUGUCUGCUCUCAAAGUGAUCGGAAAACUUCACUGGAUUGACAAGAAAAAGCUUUGCCGCUUUAUUUUGGCAUCACAAGACGAAGAUGGAGGCAUUGCUGAUAGACCCGGUGAUAUGGUCGACCCAUUUCAUACACUUUUUGGUAUCAGCGGACUUUCGUUGCUAGGGUAUGAUAAGAACAAAAUUCUCGAUGUAGACCCUGUUUUCUGUCUUCCAGUCCAAACUGUUCGGAAACUAGGAAUAAAUUCGCAGCUUUUAUUUUAAGUUAAUCCUUAAUGAAUAUUUACAUAAACUUCAAUAAUGAAUAUAUAUAAUGGAUAUAUUUUUUAAAUUUUUGUCUUUUCUUUGACAUGUUUCAAUCUUAUGUAUGUUGGCAGUUAACCAUUGAAAAUGCAACUGGACUAAUUAUAUCGUUUAAAAGGUCAGGAGCUGUUGGUAUUCAUCUGAACGGCUCACUCCAACUUUUACAUUACUGAGACAUUUUCCAAGCCAAUCACCAUUGCCUUUAGUUGGUGUCGUAUUUCAUUGGAGGAAUUUGGAUUUAUCGACGCAAAUAGGGGAACGACCGAUUUAUGAUAUCACGACAUAUGUUUAACAUUUUAUAUGGCAGAAGCAAUUUAAAAGAUUUUGUGAGAACUCGGUAGGUGGAAAAGUGUCUGCUGUGAAGAUUUUUUGUCAAUCUAGGACGUGUUAGUAGAGAUGGUGUUGGUUUCAAAAAACCAAUUUUUUGUCAUCCUGAAAGAUUUCUUUUUCUUACAUUUUCAUAGAAGCUCUCAAUGGUGGACAGGUAGAAAAUGUAACAAUAUAUUAUAACGUCCAAUAUGUUCUGAAUUCUUCUCUAAAACCCUCAUAAAAUACAUUUCAUAGAAGGAAAAAGAUAUUUGUGUUACUGUUGAAAGAACAAUACCAAGUAAACUAAUUAAUAACUAGUUGAAAUUAGAUAUCUUAGAUAUAAUGAUGUCUCAAAUGUCUUUCAUCGAUGUACUUUCUCCAAAACAGAGGUAACCUGUACUGUAGAAUGUGGCAUUCCUUUGCCACCCUUUGAUUCACUUAUCUUUCGUCAGGUGACCGAAAAACACUGCAUUGAUAGGCUGAUCAUCAAUUGUUCUCGAGCAAUCUUGUUUCUUUGUGAUCGUGUGAUUGCAAGCAUUCCCGUGAAGAAAGGUUUUUAAAGUCUCGAUUUAAGUAGACUGUUGUUUUGCUCCACCAAUAUGAAUUAUUCAUUUUGGAAAUUUGGUUCCUUUUCCAACGUGUCCGCCUGUUUUGGUACCAUGUUUUCACUUGUUCUGAACUUAAGCAAAUUUCUUUUGCUAAUUUGUUUCUUUGCUUAACACUCAGAUACUUUUGAGUUUUGAAUGACUCUUCGAGUGAGAUUCUUUGUAGGUUAGUAAACUUUUUCCGCCAAACCUUCGAAGUUUUUUGACAAAUUGUGCUAUCACUUGUCUCUUCGGGUGUCUGUUUAAUCGAAGAUAUGUCUUCAUGUUCUGUUCAAAAGAUAACUUUCUGUAAAAUGCACUUCAAAACGAAAAAGUUGUUUAUCGCAGAAAUUUAGGGUAGAGGCUUUUUCUCUACGGAACAAGCCCUGUAUUCUUUAUUUUAUUAAAAUAUCCUGUGAAAAUUAUGUUUUUUUUUUAAAAACAAUUCGUACCUUGUAACGGUAAAAAUUUCUUGGAAUAUAUGUGUAUGUUGGUCCGUCAACUUCAGCAUAUAUCUUAAUGACAGGAUAUAAUUGCGCAGAAACAAGAUAUUUAAAACUCAUCCCUCUGCAAUGCUACAAAGAUGUAUUUAGCAAAUGAAGAUAAAUCCUUAAUUUGCUAAAAGGGCCAAACAACAGCCAGUUAAAAUGAAGUAAAAGGAGAGGCUGUAUCAAAAUUAUUGAUAAUUUUUAGAAUUUUGACAUAUUUGAUUGUAUGACGUUUUAUUUCUGUUGCUUCAUUGCAUCUUUAAGUGCUCUGGCUGCAAAUUAACCUUAUUUCAUUAUGUUCCUGCUUAUCUCAUAUACGAUUUCCUUCAAAGUGCCUCUAAAACGUAGCAUUCAAACCAGUCUGUUACAUGGGAUAAUUCCACUUUUAAGAUCCUUUUGCUACUGCUCCAUUGCAGCUGGAUCUUUCAGAUGUCAUGCUUGUUAGUGCGUUUAUUACCGUAAAGGAUGGCCAGUCAACAUUAGUUUUUAUAUCGUUUCAAAAUUGUUACUUACCAAUAGUUAAAUCAAGCUUUUGCUGCACACAUGCUUUUUCCUGUCUUUCAGAAUCAGAAAUUUCCUUUGAGUUAAGAUCUAAAAUGUCUUUAAUCAAGAAUGAUUUCAUUCUGCUCAAGUCUUGAUUCGCAACGCUCAAAGCAGGCGACUGUUCCUUUCAACAGACAUUUAGGCUUCCAGGUCAUACCUACCAUGAGAAGUUGAUGAUAAUUUGAUAUCCCGCCGAUGGACCUUAUAUCAUAUAGAAUUGCAAGCUUGACCCAAACAAUCCACCUUAAAUUUUGAAGCGCAAAAUGCGCUACACUAUUGAGUUGUAGCCUCACUUUGAACAAAAGGCUCCGAUCUUAGUCAGUAAACAUGUGAAGACUUUGCAUGUGAUAAUCUGAAAUAUUUUGCUGGCUGUUGUGUUUAAUUAGCUGGAAAUCUUUGAUACUUUGGUAACUUGCCUGUCGACUUCCAUGUUUUUGUGCAGUUUAUUUCGUUAUGUUCUUGCAAUGACUAGCAUUCUUCAGAUCCUGCACAUGCUGUCUUUCUGUUCAAAAUGAAAUGAUGGAUUACUUUUAUUCAUUGUAGAUUUAUAAAGAUUUUAUCUAACUAAGAAAAAAUGGUUUUUUCGCUUUUGACAGAUUUAAAUAAAAUACAACUGAGGACAAUCUAUUGUCACCGUAUUGUAAGUUUAAACAAUUUUAUGAUACACAUCUUAAUCGAAAUUUUACAUUUCUAGUUCUAAAUAUGGUGAAAAUUAAUUAUAAGAAGGAUCAUAGCUAUAUGCAACUCGUUCAGAAUUUUUUUCAGUCUUGUAUUUGUAAUAAGUUUGUGGAAAAAAAGCGGUAUGCAGAAUUGGCUUUUCAAAUGCUUUAACAUGCUUUUGCACAAAAGCCAAAUUUACAAAGAUGGUAAUCAUGUCAAGUUGCAAGUUUUUCAUGGAAAAUGAAACGUUUUCUAUUCAGUUAGCCAUGCAGAAACUAUACUGGUAUCAACUUUUUAUGCACUCAUUGAUAGAAAAUCUUUCACUUUCUCAUUUUGUUUCGCAAAUCAUUAUUAACUAAGACAAGCAGUUGUUACAAAAAGUUCUUUCGCCCUUUUCACUGCGUUUUUUCUGAUAAUCAAUGUGCAAGAAACUGCAACCAAGUUAUUUAUGUAUUUGCCAAGCAUAUCUCAGUUUUAUAACAAAAGUAAUAUUUGUAAUGCAAAAUAAAGCAAGUAAUGUUUAGUACUGCAUUAUUUGUAUACCUGUACAAGUUUGCUACAGACAAAUUCAUUACUUAAAAAUAUGUAAAUAUAGGACCAUUAGAAUGGUUCCUGCCCAUGAAAGACUUUUUCCAAAUAGGUGUUAGGAAGGUCAGCCAUCUUCAAGUACCAUCCCAAUUUUUUUGUCUAUGCUUGUAAAACAUUCAUUACCCAUUCCUUUGAUAACAGAGAACUAUUAUCAAUAAUGGCACGAAACACCUUCACAUUUGAGUAAAUUAAUGAUUUGAAUCAAUACUAACAGAUAUUGUCCCGAUAGCAACAGUCUCUGUGUCUAAUAUAAGCGUCGAUCUAAUUUGUGUUGAAGUUGUGAUAGGGUGUACACUGAAUAUGAUACGUAAUGCUCAAUGCCCAUAUUUCAGACUUGCAAAUUCAGGGCGUGUUUUAAAAUGUAGGUUUGCUGUUGUCAAUAUGAUGGAAUGGUCGUCAGUUAGGGCCAUGUCACGCCUGUGUUAAAAACGACUUAAUACGUGGUUUGAAUCUUGACGUUCUAAAUCUUUUCUGGGUUAAUAUCCAUUAUCAAAUGCUUACGGCACUGAAAGAUAUUAACGACAUAUGAUCGGUAUCCUAGAAUACGAUAACAUCCUUCUACAUAUAUGUCUAUGCCAAUCUUGACCAUACGAUUGGUCUUUUCAAGUAUCAGUCCUCUGACCUGGUAUCUCUUGUCGCCAAAAGCCGAGGCUUCUCUUAAGUGCUAUCUGUGAAUAUAAUCAUGUAUUUUGGUUUCAGAUUUGGGUUGUGUUACACCCACGUUUCGAUAUUUUAAGAAUCAAUUCGCAUGACAAUCCACCAAUGAAACAUGAAACAAAACCUCUUGAAUAACGCUAAAUUUUUAACAGUUAAAUGAAGAUUUGUAGAAAAUUCACGUGCUGUGGCUCAAUAUCUAUUUAGUCGAAAAGAAUACUAUCUUCUCUGUUUCAUAUCAAGUCGAAAAAGAUUAAUUUUUACAAAAUUCCAUUUUUUCAAGCCUAUUAGUAAUUUUGUUAAUUAGUUUAGUUUAGUUUAGUGUAGUUAGUUAAGUACCAUUUUCUCCCAAUUUUUCUUACCGUGGUUUUCUGUUUUUUUGUCUGCAAGCUUUCUAUCAAAGCCAAGAUGCAUCUUUAACUUUAAUUUGAAUUAUUAGUCAAACAGAGAGAGCGCUAAUCGAAUCAACCUGCCAAUUUGGAAAAAACCCAAAAUACCGUACUUUAUUUUUAUGUGCACAACACAAGCUUUCCACUACGAUUAGCUGUGAAAAUAUUGUUGCUGCCAAAAUAUGGUUGCAAGCAGAUGUUCUCAUAUAGUUUCAAAGCAGAUUUCAUUUUCGUGUAAGUUCCAUUCAGUUAGGUAAAUGUACAUAAAAAGUACAGUAAAGUAUUGCCAUUUUACAUCGGACUUCAUUUUAGUACUACUGUUGAAAAUUUGGUGUUCUUUGAUUUGAAAGCACAAACUUAGAGUGGUCCAAUUAUGUCAGGGUCUAGCUGGCUCUACAGAUUAUAUUGCGACAAGAGAAAGAUUAUUAGGUGUCUCAAGGACCGAUGAUGAAAUAUUUUUAUUGAGAUUUGCAUUGUAGCGAGAUUUGCAGAAUAAAUCUUGAAGCUAAAUUGGUGCUGGGUAGAAAUGUGUUCAGAUUCAGAAGGUUGAAGAUUCGAAAAAAUGCCUAGUCAUCUCAGAUAUGACUGGAAACAGAAUCUAAUCUCCAUUACAAAUAUCACCAUAUUAGUAGCUACAAUUUAUGACAAAAGUCAGUUGAAAUCUUUUCUCGUUUUACUGGAAAAACGGUGUUUAUACCGACCGUUAGCUGCUUUGCGUAAAGAGGGAAAACAGAUCGGUGCUCUUCCCCGUCCAAAAUUUGAAAAUAGAUCUAAUAUUUUGCCCCAAAUCAUCAGCUGCUUAUUAUGAUAUUGAUAUAAAUAUUUAGAACAAUGCAAAGUUACAUUGUGUGUGGCCUAAGCAAAAUAAAAUAAGAACAGUAAUAAUGUAUAAAUACAACAAAAUGAUGUUUUUGUGGUGGUUUAUGACAACAUACUCGGUCUUGACGUGUUUUCACGGGCAGACAUCUUGGGUAUCAUACUUAUCAUACAGUGUUUUUGUUCUGAGUUCAGCUGCUUGUUGCAAGAAUUUUGCAAAUUUUUUCUGCUUGCUAAUGUCUUGGCAGGACAAUAGCUUGAUUAAAUGAAAUUUAUUCACGUUUACUAUGUGACAGUGUACGCAUUUUAGGCGACCCUGCCCACCCAACCCAUGUCUAGAUAUCUUUAGGGGUUCUUCCUUACAUGCAUGUUGACUUUCUACUUCUUUUUUUUCGUGCAUUAGUUGAUGGCCAUAUGGCUUGCGACUUUUUGCGUGAACAAGGUGCUGCUAGUCGGCGGAAGAAGGCCAUUGUUCUUCUUCUCAACCCCCUCAAAAACGGUUGGGGUUUUAUUUAUGGCCGUCUUUGCGAUUGGCGCACCGACAGCCCAAAAAUAAAUGGUUCAAAUGAUGAGAGAACACCACCUCCAGUCUUAUGAUUGACAAUGGUAAAACCUUCUGAGGACCAUCUUACCCUUAUCCUAAUGGUUUAUGUUUAGUAACCUGGAACAAAUACUGAAUGUCGAUAUAUGUGUGUUCAAUAGGCUUCGGCGUUAGUAUACUAUUAGGUUAACUCAAGUGGGAUCCGUGCUUUCUAUACAUUCCUUUGUUCUCUGUAUUUGUGUUUACAUGGCGAGUGGGCCAGCCCGCUCAGGUGAGAUCCGUAGCUCAGGUGAUUGCAGCGCAUGCGUAGCAAUAGUCAUCUUUUGAAGGCUGAUCCAUACUAGAAUAUAUGGUUGGGUUGCGAACAUGAGGAUGAGAUUUUCAAAAAUAGUCUCCUCGAUGGGAGGGCAAGUAAUCUCUUGCUGCUGUGACAUGGAGGUAAAAUUCCCAUCAAACAUCACCUACAGGUGAUCGUUUAAUGAUUGAAUUCUACCUCAAGGUCGCAUCUUUGAGAUCACGUGAGAUUUCAAAGUAAAGAUAUCAUGCAAAGAGAAAAUGGAUCAGCAAAGAGAUCACUGAAGGAGAAUUGUAUUUGAGAAAAAUUUAGCUAACCAAAAAAGGACACCAAAUAUAACUUUUAACAAGAAAAAAACAAAUAAUUUCAAAUAGAAUUAAUGUUGAAAGCAAUGAAAAUGCAAAUUGCAAACGUUGAUUGUUUAUCCAGAAACUCCUUUUUAUAAUAUUUGGCAAAAGUAUUUCCGAGGACUAGCCAGCAAUUUGUAAAAUGACAUCUAUGUUAACUCCAUUAUUUAGUGCAGCUGAGGUUGAUGCAGCUCUGGUGCUACGAGCCUUACACAAUUCAAUAUCAAUCCCUGCUUCUUACAUGACUGUUCUUAUCCACCUAAAUAUAGUACUGGUCUGUACUGGCUGGUAUGGAUAUGCAAAACUGAUAAAAAGUUGUCGAAUCGUAAGGAAUGUGCACUUUGUAAAUAUACCUCCGUGUAUGGUCAUUUGGAAAUGAUGGGAAAUUAGGUAAUUGUUGCUUUACCCCAGGUCUUGACUGCUCAAUUAGAUCAUUUAAGGUAAUCUGAAACUUGUGUUUGUUCUCAUCGUAUAGUCUAGAUUUAGCAUUUCAUUGUCUAGCAUCGCUGUUCAGUGACUAAAACACAGAGCAUGACUAAGUUCAAAGUCAGCUUUCAUAAAUCUAUUAAAUUUGGUGGGCUCCACUCCUUCAAAUAUGACGAAACAUCUGAUACAUUCCGUGUGGAUGAAUAACGAGGCCUUUGUGGUCUCGUUUGGUAUACUGCUUUAAGCAUUCUCCUAACCAGGGGAUCCUCCCCAACAGGGACAGUAUGGUCAUUCAAGGUAAAAACAGCUGAUAAAGCAGACCUUGCAGUGUUGAUUGUUGAAUAACUGCUGCCUGAAAAAUGUAAACUUGUUAGAAAAUCAAGAACAUCUUUGACACAAGGGUUUAUGAAGUUGAUAUUAUUGCAUAUUGCAAACUUGAUCCAUUUCUCGAUAUAAACCAUAUAUUAUUUUCAAGAAAUCUUUCACCAUGACUGCAUUAUUAGCUCAGAUACUUGGUGUGAUACGUUGAGGUUAUUACGUCUUUCCCUGAUAAGAGGCAUGCCAUCAUCUUUAGUUUUGGCCACAAGGGGUGCAUUUUCUCCUGUUGGUGAGGCAGUAAAAGCAAAUCUUUUCUAUUAGAAAAAUAGAUUAAAGUACAAAUUAGCAUAUCAUUAAGGACUGGAUACCACACUUGUGAGGUCCAGCAUGGAGCAAUCAGAAUUGCUUUGCAGGUAUCUGUUUUCACCUUUUGCAAUACUUAGAAAUCAUAGAAAAUGGCAAAAAAGAUAGACAAAUUUAUGUUCCCAACUAAAAGAUAUUACAUCUACUGAAAAUGCCUCUGGGUCUAGAUACCAUGACACAAAAGGCUUAAGUUGAUGAUUAUGCCUAGAAGCAAACAAAUAAAUAUCUGGUUUGCCCCAUGUUUUACAGAUCAUGUGGUCUUUUUGUAGACAAC